UUCACUGAAUAGCCAAGAUUUUAAAUGCAAAGCCUCCGGUGUUAUGAGAGCGAGUUACGUGUCUGUUCUGUAAUACUGGACCAACCUGGCGUAGCCCUUCUUACCCAAAUGUUAUGAGAGCCCACAUCUCAACAUGACCUGACACUUGUGGAUUUAUAUCAUAGUGCUUCUCGGGAUAUAUUUCAUCCAGAAGUCGAUAUCUAAUGUAGAUUGCACAAUACUGGAUGGGAAUAUUUAAGUCCGCAAAUAAGCAUACGAGUGGGACCAAGCAUUGGAUAACUGUUGGUGGGACGAAAUAUCUAUUCCUUAACCAUUCUAAGAGUGCCCCAGCCAAGGCAUAAGUCAUGUUUUUCAAGAUCAACCUCGCCUCUUCAAGUGUGAUUUUAUAGCAUCGACUUCAUCCGCAGCAUCUCGUUGUCGGGGAAACUAAAAAAAGACAAAUAUCUCGGAAAGUGGGAAACUGUUAUACGUGCCCCCUUUUGGCACAACAAGCGCAAUCGGAAUACAAUCAUGGAAAUAAGGACAAAUAUUACUGACAAAUUAUUAUUAUUAUUAUCGUCACUGACGUCAUUAUGUUGUGUGUGUCUAUUAUUGGGGAGAGGUACAGAUGCCUACCCCACUGGAGCUCCACCCUUUGCUUGCCUUGAUAUGUUACCAGUUGGUCACGGAACCGAUGGCCAGACGACGUCGAGUCCGUAUUCGAUUUCAGUGGAUGUAUCGUCGUACACACCGGGUGGAUUAGUAACAGUCCGGAUAUCCGGAGAUGAAACGUUACGAGGUUUAUUAAUACAGGCCAGACCGGUCGGAACACCGCCACCAUUUGGCACGUGGACAGAUUAUCCGGAUAAUUUUCAAACCUUCAAUUGUUUCUCGAUGGGGGAUUCGCUCACCCACACGGAGAACUCGGAUAAGAAUCCGGUCGACUUGACGUUUGUAUGGCAGGCGCCAUCGGCUGGUGGAGUUGGAGAUAUCCAGUUCGUCGCAACAUUUGUACAAGAGCGGACGAUAUUCUGGCUCGAUGUUACAUCCAGCAUAUUAAGAGAAAGAGGUCCAAAUCCGUGUCUAUCAGAUCCCUGCCAAAACGAAGGCCGAUGUUUCAGCGAUGCAGAAAACACGCAGUACACAUGCCUCUGUCUCGGAUCGUUUUCUGGUAUUAACUGCGAGAUCACAGAUUCGUCACCCACUGCGGCAUCCACUCCAGCUCUGACAAACCCAUGCCUAUCGGACCCGUGUCAGAACGGUGGAAGUUGUUUCGCUCAGUCGGACAACACAGCAUAUAGGUGUAUGUGCCCAGAUACAUUUUUCGGUACAAAUUGCGAAGCGAUAGCGACAAUAUUGCAAACAACCGUUCCACCGACUACUGGGCCUUGCUCCUCGCUGCCAUGUCAGAACGGAGGGCAAUGUUUCAUGAGCGUUGAUGAUACGGAAUACACCUGUUUCUGUCCAAGUGGUUUUACUGGAACGAACUGUGAAUUGUCAUCACUUAUCGCAUUGACUACUCAUACUCCAACCGGUCCAUGCGUCUCGUUACCAUGUCAAAACGGAGGCCAGUGUUUCAUGAGUGUUGAUGAUACUGGUUAUACCUGUCUUUGUCCAAGUGGUUUUACUGGAAUGAACUGUGAAUCGUCAUCACUUACUGCAUCGACUACUCAUGCUCCCACUGGUCCAUGUGUCUCGUUGCCAUGUCAAAAUGGAGGCCAAUGUUUCCUGAGUGUUGAUGACACCGCCUAUACCUGCUUCUGCCCGAGUGAUUUUACUGGAAUGAACUGUGAAUUGUCUUCUGCAACUACUCCUGCUCCUGUCAUGAAUCCAUGCUUGUCAGAACCAUGUCAAAAUGGCGGCCGGUGUUUCGCUCAGUCAGACAACACCGCUUACAGAUGUAUUUGUCCUGAUAACGUCGUUGGCACAAACUGUGAAGCCGUGUUGGCUGUAACGCAGACUACCAUGGCUCCAAUUGCUAACCCAUGUAUGAGUGAACCGUGUCAGAAUGGAGCUGCUUGUUUCUCAGCUGCAGACAGUUCCUCUUUUACUUGUCUCUGUGCGGGUCACUUUGAAGGAGUACUCUGCGAAACAGAAACACAACAAGUUUCAACCUGUGAUUCAGCCCCUUGUCAAAAUGGCGGGGAAUGUUUCAUAGCGGCAGAUGGAAGUGGAUACUUCUGUGCGUGUCCAAUGGGUUUCACGGGAGAUAAUUGUGAAACAGUUAUCAACACCUGUGGUAGCGCACCAUGUAAUAAUGGCGGUACGUGUUUCGGCUCUCUGGAUGGCGUUUCGUUCUUCUGUCAGUGUCCACAAGGUUUCACGGGAUCAACUUGCCAAACUUCCAUCCCAACGGUAAAUCAAUGUGAUCCAUCUCCCUGUGAAAAUGGAGGUACCUGUUUUGUAGCCGCUUCUGAUGGUGAUAGUUAUGCGUGCUCAUGUCCGUCUGGAUUCACGGGAACAAACUGCCAAACAGUGGACAGUCCAUGUGCCAACAAUCCAUGUAUGAAUGAAGGAACCUGUUUCCGAAGCUCUGACAACACCGAUUCAUAUUUCUGUGUGUGCCCGACAGGUUUUGGAGGAACAAAUUGCGAGACAGUUCUACAAGUUGAUCCAUGUGAAUCAAAUCCUUGUCAAAAUGGAGCUACUUGCAGUCUUGAUGGUGUCCAAUACCAAUGUAAUUGUGAUCUUGGAUUUACUGGAACUAACUGUGAGCUUGAUAUAACAGACUGCACUGGGGAUCCUUGUCAGAAUAAUGCAGUAUGUCUUGACAUGCUGAGUGGCUUCAUCUGUAUCUGUGAUGCUCAGUUCUCAGGAAUAUAUUGUCAAUUUCUAACACCCUGCAACGCUGACCCAUGUUUAAAUGGUGCCACAUGUUUUCAACAGGAUGAUUCUGGAAAUUAUCUAUGUGUCUGUCCAAAUGGAUUUACUGGCACUAACUGUGAAACCAAUAUACCAACAGCUUGCAGCAGUAACCCAUGUCGCAAUGAAGGUGUGUGCUUCGAGUCCCAGAGCGAUGGAGAUGGUUACUUCUGUUCCUGUCCCAAUGGCUGGGAAGGAACCGAAUGUGAGGUGCCCUCUGACCUUUGUGACCCAGACCCAUGUCAGAACAAUGCAGUCUGUAUUAACAUGCAGACAUCUUACAUGUGCCAGUGUGCUGAUGGAUUUGAAGGGGACAACUGCGAAACAACUCUUCAAGCCUGUGCUAGCAACCCAUGUCAGAACAAUGCCCUCUGCUUUGAUGGUUUGAAUGGUGGAUACUUCUGCCAGUGUGCUGUAGGAUAUGAAGGAACUGACUGUGAAACAGAAAUUGAUGCCUGUAAUCCCAGUCCCUGCCUGAAUGGAGGUAUUUGCUUUGAAGGUGCCUUUGUGAAUGAGUUCUUCUGUUUGUGCGCUGAUGGAUGGGAAGGGACAGUCUGCGCUAGUCCUGUAGACCAAUGUGACCCCUCACCCUGCCUCAAUGGAGCAACCUGCACCAACCUCCAGACGUCAUACACUUGCGAUUGCCCUUCAGGAUUCACAGGGGAGAAUUGUCAAGAUGUUGAAUCACCAUGCAAUGAUGAGCCUUGCCAGAACGGUGCUGCUUGCUUUGUCAGUGCUCAAUCCACAUCCUUCCUGUGUCUCUGUAUGCCUGGAUGGGAAGGCGAUGACUGCAGCGUGGCCAUCAAUGCCUGUGAUCCUGACCCCUGUUUCAAUGGUGCUACCUGUAAUGACCUUCAGUCAUCCUUUACGUGUACAUGCCCUGAUGGCUUUGGAGGGGACAGUUGUGAGACAGUACUUGUGGCAUGUGCUAGCGACCCAUGUGAGAACGGUGCAACAUGUUUUGCUAGUGGUCAAUCAGAUGAAAGCUUCUUCUGUCUAUGUGAAGCUGGAUGGGAAGGGGUCAUGUGUGAACUGGCCACAGAUGCAUGUUCAUCCUCACCAUGUAUGAACGGAGCUACGUGUAACAAUCUUCAGACUUCAUAUGAAUGCUCCUGUGCUGAUGGAUUUGAGGGAAUGAUGUGUGAAACAGAAAUAAAUGGAUGUACAAGCGACCCAUGCCAGAAUGAAGGAGUCUGCUUUGUAUCCGGGAAUGGCGAUUCAUCAUUCAUAUGCCUCUGCCAGCCAGGAUGGGAGGGAGAUGAUUGCAGUCAAGCUAUUGAUCUUUGUCAGCCUUCGAAUCCUUGUAUGAAUGGAGCCACCUGUCUCAACCAGCAGACUUCAUUCACUUGCCAGUGUCCAGAGGGAUUUACCGGAUCAAUAUGUGAAACAGUCUUGGACUCCUGUUCCAGCAUGCCAUGUGAGAACGGAGCAGUGUGUUUUGAGGCCUCUAACACCAAUGGAUAUUUCUGUCAGUGUCCAACUGGAUUCACCGGAACAAAUUGCGAAAAUGUGCAAAUGGCCUGUGACCUUCAACCCUGCCAGAAUGGAGCUUCUUGUUUCCAGCAGGUGUCAUCUGAGUCAGGGUAUUUCUGCCUUUGUCCUGAUGGAUUCCAAGGAGACAAUUGUGAGAUGGCUUUAACACCAUGCAACCCUGAUCCUUGUCUUAAUGGUGCAGCCUGUGUGGAGGAUGGAAUUCAGUUCAUGUGCCUCUGCCAGCUAGGAUUUUCUGGAGACCUGUGUGAAAAUGUUGUUGGAGCCUGCAUGAGUGAGCCCUGUCAGAAUGGAGCCAGUUGUUUUGAGGAUGUCAGCGGUGCAAACUUCUUUUGCCAGUGCGUUGGUGAUUGGCAAGGGACGACCUGUGCAGAACCUUUGCAGGAUAACUGUGACCCAAACCCCUGUAUGAAUGGCGGGAGCUGUACUGGUCAACAGAAUAUAUUCCAGUGUGCCUGUCCUGAUGGCUUUGCUGGUGCUCUGUGCCAGCUAGUGGCCACAACUGGUUGUUCCAUUGACCCUUGCAUGAAUGGAGGUGUGUGUUUUGCAGGCAGCGAUGACUCUACCAGCUACUUCUGUGAUUGUCCAAUAGGAUUUACAGGAGAUCGCUGCGAAACAGAACUCUAUCCGUGUGAUAGUGAUCCAUGUCAAAACGGAGCUACAUGUUUUGAACAUCUUGGAGGAGACAGCUAUGUGUGCAUGUGCACGCCAGGAUAUGAGGGCACAAAUUGUGAAAAUGAAGUGUUUCCUUGUGAUAGCAACCCAUGUAUGAACGGUGCAACCUGCUACGAGCAUUCGGCAGGAAGCAGCUACGUUUGUCAGUGCCUACCUGGUUUUGAAGGCUUGAACUGUGAAAAUGAAAUCUUGCCAUGCCUCAGCAAUCCUUGUCAGAAUGGUGCUACAUGCUUUGAACAUGGCAAUGGUGGCAGCUAUGUCUGUCUGUGUGUCCCAGGAUAUGAAGGAACCAAUUGCGAAAGUGAAAUCAUCUCUUGUGCAAGUGAUCCUUGUCAGAAUGGUGCGACCUGUCUGGAGUUGGACAUUGGUGAAGGUCAUAUAUGCAUAUGUGUACCAGGCUUUGAGGGACUCACUUGUGCUACAGAAACACCAGCUUGCGACAGCAGUCCAUGUCAGAAUGGUGCCACAUGUUUUGAUCAAACAAGUGGCGAUGGUUAUGCAUGCCUCUGUGCUGAUGGGUUUGAUGGCACCAACUGUGAACAAGAAAUUAUGGGAUGCAUCAGUGAUCCAUGCCAGAAUGGAGCAAUAUGUUUUGACCAAAAUGGUGGUGGCAACUAUGUCUGCAUUUGUGCAGCUGGCUAUGCAGGCACCAAUUGUGAAAAUGAAAUCAUUGGAUGUAGUAGCAAUCCUUGUAUGAAUGGAGCUUCAUGCUUUGAUCUGAGCAGUGGCAGUGGUUAUACCUGUGUUUGUAUGGAUGGAUUCCAGGGAAUGAACUGUGAAAAUGAAAUAGUUGCCUGUGACAGUAAUCCUUGUCAGAAUGGAGCAACCUGUUUUAAUAGCAAUGGUGGCAGUGGUUAUGUCUGUGCAUGCCCAACUGGAUAUGAUGGAACAAACUGUGAAAAUGUGAACUUGGCCUGUAUUAGCAGCCCUUGUCUAAAUGGAGCAACCUGUUUUGAUAACAAUGCUGGCAGUAUUUAUGUGUGUCUCUGCCCUCCUGGCUUUGAAGGACUAAACUGCGAAAUUGAAACCCCUGCCUGUGCUAGCAACCCCUGUCUAAAUGGAGCAACCUGUUUUGAUAGUAAUGGUGGUAGUGGAUAUGCUUGUCUCUGCCCUGAUGGCUUUGAAGGAGCAAACUGUGAAAAUGAGAUACAGCCAUGUGAGAGCAAUCCUUGUCAGAAUGGUGCUACCUGCUUCACACAUUCAAGUGGAGCUGCCUAUUCCUGUCUGUGCCCGGAUAGCUUUGAAGGAGACAAUUGUGAAAAUGAGAUUCAACCAUGUGCAAGCAAUCCCUGUCUGAAUGGAGCGACCUGCUUUGAAUCAGAAGGGGCAAGGUUUAUCUGCAUCUGUCCUAUGGGUUUCGAGGGAACAAACUGUGAAACUGAGCUCUCAGCCUGUGAUAGCAGCCCUUGUGUCAACAAUGGUGUUUGCUUUACCCAUAGCAACGGAGAGGCUUAUUUUUGUGUCUGUCCCACUGGAUUUGAGGGAAAGAACUGUGAAAAUGUUACAGUUCUGCCUCCCUGUGACAGCAAUCCCUGUCAAAAUGGAGCUACCUGUAUGGACCGUGAAGAAUUCUCUGCAUAUGUCUGUGCUUGUCCAGCUGGCUUUGAUGGUGUAAACUGUGAAAAUGAAACCCCUGCCUGUGCUAGCAACCCUUGUCUAAAUGGAGCAACCUGUUUUGAUAGUAAUGGGGGCAGUGGUUAUGCCUGUCUCUGCACAGAUGGAUUUGAAGGAACAAACUGUGAAAAUGAAAUCCCUGCCUGUGCUAGCAACCCUUGUCUAAAUGGAGCAACCUGUUUUGAUAGUAAUGGUGGUAGUGGAUAUGCCUGUCUCUGCCCAGAUGGAUUUGAUGGAACAAACUGUGAAAAUGAAACCCCUGCCUGUGCUAGCAACCCUUGUUUAAAUGGAGCAACCUGUUUUGAUAGUAAUGGGGGCAGUGGUUAUGCCUGUCUCUGCCCAGAUGGAUUUGAUGGAACAAACUGUGAAAAUGAAACCCCUGCCUGUGCUAGCAACCCUUGUCUGAAUGGAGCAACCUGUUUUGAUAGUAAUGGGGGCAGUGGUUAUGCCUGUCUCUGCCCAGAUGGAUUUGAUGGAACAAACUGUGAAAAUGAACUUCUUGUUUGUGAUAGCGACCCUUGUCAGAAUGGAGCAACUUGUUUUAAUCAUAAUGGUGCUGGUGGUUAUGUCUGUCUCUGUCCUGAUGGAUUUGAUGGAACAAACUGUGAAAAUGAAAUGCUAUCCUGCAGUAGCAAUCCUUGUCAGAAUGGUGCAACCUGCUUUGAUCAGACCAGUGGCAGUGGUUAUGUUUGCCUCUGUAGCACUGGUUUUGAAGGAACUAAUUGUGAAAACGAAAUUGUUGGCUGUUCAAGCAGUCCUUGCGAAAAUGGAGCAACCUGUUUUGAUCAUAACAGCAGCGGUAGCUAUGUCUGCAUUUGUCAAGAUGGCUUUGAAGGAGUAAACUGUGAAACUGUGUCUGCUGCCUGUAACAGUGAUCCUUGUCAAAAUGGAGCAACCUGUUUUAAUGGAGAACAAAUGGGUUAUAUGUGUAUUUGUGCAAUGGGAUUUGAAGGAGAGAACUGUGAAUUAGAAAUGAGCAUCUGUGCAAGCUCCCCUUGUGAGAAUGGAGCUACUUGCUUUGAUGGAGCACAAGGUGGUUAUUUCUGCUUCUGUCCACCAGGAUAUGAAGGAGACAAUUGUGAAAUAGAUGUUGAUCCUUGUCGGAGUGAUCCUUGCCAAAAUGGAGCUUCUUGCUUCAAUGGAGCCUCGGGUGGAUACAAUUGCAUAUGUGCUGAUGGAUUUGAAGGAACACACUGUGAGAAUGAAACAGAUGCCUGUGAUAGUUCUCCAUGUCAAAACAAUGCAGCUUGUUUCAAUGCUGCAUCGGGAGGUUACUUAUGUGUAUGUACAGAUGGAUUUGAAGGAGUAAAUUGUGAAACAGCAAUCUUGUCCUGUGAGAGCGAUCCCUGUCAGAAUGGAGCAACUUGCUUUGAACACGUUUCAGCAAACAGCUAUUUCUGUGUUUGCCCCGAAGGCUUUACAGGAACAAACUGUGAAUUGGAUAUCAUGUCAUGCACCAGUCAGCCAUGCCGUAACAAUGCAACCUGCCAGGAGCUGAAUGGUGGCAGGGAUUUUACUUGUAUCUGUCCAUCUGGAUUCACCGGCAGCCAAUGUGAAAUAGACUUGAGAACAUGCUUUACGAAUCCAUGUCAAAACAAUGCGACAUGCUUCGAAGGAUUUCAGGAAGGAUCCUAUUUUUGCUUUUGUCCUGAUGGUUUUAUUGGAGUCAACUGUGAAACAGAUAAUGGCCUACCUGUGAUUUUCGGAUGUCCUCCAAAUAUCACAACCGGUAACAACCCCGGCUCCCCGUCCGCUCUCGUUUCAUGGUCUGAGCCCACGUCAGUGGACAACUCGGGGUCGGUGACACUCACAACGGAUGCUGUCAACAAUGCAUUGUAUCCCAUUGGGGUCACUGAGGUCACCUAUGUUGCAACCGAUGAUGAGGGCAAUGAAGCCUUAUGCACAUUCUAUAUUAACAUCCAAGAUCUCAUGCCUCCCUUGAUCACUGGCUGCCCAAGCAAUAUAACCCUCAUUACCAAUCCUGGCUCUGCAUUUGCCAACGUUUCGUGGCCAGAUCCUUCCAUCACAGAUAACUCUGGAGUAGUGAACAUAGUGUCCUCUCCUGUGAAUGGAGACCUUUACUAUAUAGGGGUGACCACGGUGACUUACAUAGCUCAGGACUUAGCCGACAAUGCAGCAACAUGCACUUUUUCCAUUGCCGUAAUAGACAACGAGAAUCCAUCAUUCACCUUGUGUCCUGAUGACAUCAUGACCAGCACAGACCAGGGACUUCCUACUGCUACGGUGACAUGGACUACACCCAUUGCCGAAGAUAAUUCUGGCAAUCUUGAAAGCCUCAGCAGCAAUUUCACCAGUGGUUCAUUAUUCGGUAUUGGAAUGGAAACAGUAACUUACAUUGCUGUUGACCAAUCAGGCAACAUGGCUGAAUGUACUUUCACUGUUAUGGUCUUUGAUCUUGAGGACCCAGUCUUUGAUAUGUGCCUUGCUGAUGUCACUGUACAGACUGCACCGGGAAGUCUAACAGCCAUUGCACUGUGGACCCCGCCAACCUCCACAGACAACAGUGGUAGUGUGACCGUAGAGCAGACUGCUGGCCCUUCUCCGGGAUCUGACUUCCCAAUAGGUCAAACUGAAAUUGUUUACGUUGCAACAGAUGAAGCUGGGAAUAAUGCGUCUUGUGACUUCUCUAUCAUUGUCAUUGGCUCUAUGGAUCCAUGUGAGUCGGAUGUGUGCCAGAAUAACGCAACUUGUCUUGCAACCAACGAUACUUCAUACAGCUGUGUGUGCCUACCUGGUUACACAGGAGAGUUCUGUGAAAUCGGAAUCAACUUGUGUGAUUCAGACCCAUGCCAGAACAAUGCCAACUGUACCAACUAUAUGACUUCUUACUCCUGCAAUUGCCCUCUGGGAUUCAUGGGACACAACUGUGAACAAGAUAUUGAUGAAUGUGCCAUGGACAUUUGUCAGAACAAUGCUACUUGCAACAACACAAUCGGAGGCUUUGAUUGUCAAUGUCCUAAUGGGUACAUGGGCUUGAGAUGUGAAGUUCCAUUUAGUGCAUGUGACUCAAACCCUUGCGCCAAUGGAGGUUUGUGCAGUGGUAAUACUACCCAUUUUGAUUGCGAUUGUCCCAUCGCUUGGACAGGAUUUGAUUGUACAACAGCUAAGGAUGCUUGUAUUGGAGACCGUUGUCAGAAUGGAGCAACUUGUUCAAAUCAGUUUGAUUUUGUGAUAUGCACUUGUGCACCAGGCUGGACAGGAGAUGUGUGCCACAUAGAUAUCAAUGAAUGUGAAAGCAACCCUUGUUUGAACAAUGGCACAUGUGUGAACCAACUCAAUGGUUUUCAAUGCAACUGUACUGAUGGAUGGACUGGAGGCAUCUGUGAAAUAGACAUCAAUGAAUGUGAAAGUAGCCCAUGUUCUGCCAAUGCAACCUGCCAGAACCUGUUGGGAUCGUACAACUGUUUGUGCCCACCUGGCUUCACGGGAGAUUACUGCAAUAUUGAUAUUGAUCAAUGCAACCCUGAUCCCUGUCAGAACGGAGCUACCUGUACGGACCUUGGUAACUCAUACCAAUGUACAUGUCCUCCAGGAUUCAGUGGAACCAACUGUGACAAUGAUGUUGAUGACUGUGUUGGCAACCUUUGCCUAAAUGGAGCAACCUGCAUCGAUAUGCUCAACAGUUACCAGUGUGAAUGCCCUAUAUCACAUGCUGGAAACUUUUGUGAAAUUGCGCUGAAUCCUUGCGAGUCUGAUCCAUGUGGUUUUAACAGUACCUGUAACAACAUGUUUACCUCCUAUGUGUGUGUCUGUACUGACGGCUACUCUGGAAUCAACUGUGAACAAGAGGUGCUUGAAUGUUCCAGUAACCCUUGUAUGAAUAAUGGAGUGUGCAUAGAUCUUAUUGGGGAGUUCUCAUGCUUCUGUGACUCUGGAUGGACGGGAGAGCUUUGCGAGAUAAAUAUUGAUGAGUGUGAAAGUGAUCCUUGUCAAAAUGGAGCGACCUGUCUGGACAUUGUAGAUGGUUACACCUGCGACUGUGCUCUUGGUUAUGAAGGCACUUUCUGUGAAACUGAGAUCCAAGAGUGUGCUAGCAAUCCUUGCUUCAAUGAGGCAACAUGUCUUGAUAAUGUUGGUUCCUAUCAAUGUCUUUGCCAAUCUGGUUGGACCGGGGUCCACUGUGAGACAGAACUCAACGAGUGUAACAGCAUGCCAUGUCAGAACGGAGCACAGUGUAUUGACGAGGUCGAUGGAUUCGUCUGUAUCUGCGAGAACGGUUGGACAGGCGUCACUUGUGAGAUGGAAAUUGGUGAAUGUGGAAGCAACCCAUGCCAGAACGGAGCUAAUUGUAUAGAUUAUGUGAAUGGCUAUUUCUGCCAGUGUAAACCUGGUUGGGAAGGAGAUUUAUGUGAAACCGAUGUCAACGAAUGUGAACGAUUUGCCUGUAUGAAUGGAGCAUCCUGUUCGGAUCUUGUUGCUCAAUUCCAGUGUACCUGUCUUCCGGGCUUUGCUGGGGUCGUAUGUGAAACUGACCUUGAUGAGUGUUUAUCAGACCCUUGUGUAAAUGGAGCUACAUGUGUUGACAACCCAGGUUUCUACGAGUGUGAAUGCAUGCCAGGAUAUGAAGGAGCAAACUGUGAAUCAGACAUCGAAGAAUGUGCCAGCAAUCCCUGUCUCAAUGGAGCCACCUGUUUGGAAGAUCUUCUUGGUUAUGAAUGCAUCUGUGCUCCAGGUUAUAAUGGAACCAACUGUGAACAAGGAGUCCAAUUCUGCACCAAUAUGACUUGUCUAAAUGGAGCAACCUGCAUGGAGGUGUAUCCAAACGUUCAAUGUAUAUGUGCAGAUGGAUGGACAGGCAACAGCUGUGAAAAUGAUGUUUUGGAGUGUGAUAGCAAUCCAUGCCAGAAUAAUGCUACAUGUUCUGAUCUUACCAACGGCUAUGAAUGUCAGUGUCCCCCUGGUUGGAACGGUACAGACUGUGAACUUGACAUCGAUGAAUGCGCAAAUGACAUCUGCCUUAACGGUGCAACCUGUAUCAACCAAGUUGGCGGUUAUGAGUGCGUGUGCACUCCAGGCUGGGAAGGAAGCAAUUGCGAGCUUGACAUCCCAGAAUGUGCAAGCAACCCAUGCCAGAAUGGAGCUAACUGCACCGACCUUAUGAAUGGAUAUGAAUGUGUCUGUGCCAAAGGAUAUAAUGGCACACUUUGCGAGCUUGAUAUCAAUGAAUGUGCCAGUAGUCCGUGCCAGAAUGGGGCAAGUUGCGUUGAGUCCGUUGGAGAGUAUCAGUGUCAAUGUCCUGUUGGUUACGAAGGCGUCAACUGCGAAUUGGAGACUCUUGAAUGCAUGAGCAAUCCCUGUCUCAAUGGUGCUACCUGUUUGGACUUGAUAGGAAUGUAUGAAUGCCGUUGUCCUUCAGGUUGGUCUGGUCUCAACUGUGAAACUGAGAUUAACGAGUGUGAUUCAUCUCCAUGCCUUCAUAAUUCUACUUGCAUCGAGUUAUUUGAUGGAUAUGAAUGCAACUGCACUGAGGACUACCGAGGUACAAACUGUGAAAUUGAGAUCAUCGAGUGCAGUGAUAACCCCUGUCAGAAUGAAGCUACCUGUGUGGAUCUCCCUGAUGACUAUCAAUGCACGUGUCCAGAAGGAUGGACUGGCAGGAAUUGUGAACUUGAAACCAAUGAAUGUGACAGUAACCCUUGCCUGAAUGGUGCUACCUGCAUUGACUUCUUCAAUGGCUUCCUCUGUCAGUGUCCCGCAGGAUAUGCCGGAACCCUGUGUGAAGAGGAUGUGGAUGAGUGUGACCCAAACCCUUGUCAGAAUGGAGCAACCUGCAUGCAAGGAGAAGCAACAUUCCAGUGUAUUUGCACCCCAGGAUGGCAGGGUGCUCGCUGUGAAGAAGACAUAUUGGAAUGCUCAAGUGAUCCAUGCCAGAAUGGAGGAACAUGCAUGGAGGAAUCCAAUGGUUAUAGCUGUCAAUGUGCACCCGGAUGGACUGGUCCAGAUUGUGAUGAUGAAAUCAUGGAGUGUAUGAGCAUGCCUUGCCAGAAUGGUGCUACGUGUGUUGAUCUGCUACCAGGGUAUGAAUGUAGAUGCCCAGAAGGAUGGAACGGUACCAACUGCGAGUUGGACAUCUUGGAGUGUGCUAGUAAUCCCUGCCUGAAUGGAGCUACAUGCCAAGAUCUAACUCUUGGCUUUCAAUGCCGAUGUCCCCAAGGAUGGAAUGGUACACUCUGUGAGAAUGAGAUUCUUGAAUGUAGCAGUGACCCUUGUCUGAAUGGAGCAACCUGUGCAGAGCUAAUUGGAGGAUAUGAAUGUAUCUGUGCUGACGGGUGGAAUGGAACAAACUGUGAGAUAGAAUCCAAUGAAUGCGUGAGCAAUCCAUGCCAGAAUGGAGCAACCUGUCAACCAUUCUUCAAUGGUUUCUUGUGUUUCUGCGAACCUGGGUUUAAUGGCACAUUUUGUGAAACAGACAUUGAUGAGUGCAACCCUGAUCCUUGUCAGAAUGGAGCCACCUGCACUGAAGGCAUUGCAAGCUUCCUAUGCACAUGCCCUCCUGGCUGGACUGGAACAACAUGUGAUGAAGAUAUCCUAGAGUGUGCCAGUGACCCUUGUCUUAAUGGAGCUACAUGCAUGGAUGUCAAUCAAGGCUAUGUAUGUGUCUGUCCACCUGGAUUCUCAGGGUCUCUUUGUGAGCAAGAAUCCAGUGUCUGCAUGCUCAACCCUUGCCAGAAUGGGGCCACAUGCUAUAACUACACUGAUGGUUUGCUAUGCGAGUGUCCAAUGGGCUUUAAUGGAGUUAACUGCCAGAUUGCAAUCAGUUGUGAUCAGGACCCAUGCUUGAACGGUGCAUCGUGUGUUGAUGAUGGUAGUGGCUAUCAGUGUAUCUGUGACUUUGGCUGGACUGGUACGAACUGUGAGACAGAGAUCGAUGAAUGCCAGAGAAUGAACUGCAUGAAUGGAGCUACAUGCAUUGAUCUUGUUGCUGGCUAUGUCUGCUUCUGUGAACCUGGCUUUGAAGGCAUCUUUUGUCAAACAAAUAUCGAUGAAUGCAGUAGUGAUCCCUGUCAGAAUGGUGCAACCUGUGUGGAUGAAGUAGAUGGUUAUCAGUGUACAUGUCCACUGGGUUGGACAGGCUCACACUGUGAAACUGAUAUCCCAGAGUGUGCGAGUGACCCUUGUCAGAAUGGAGCAACUUGUCUUGAUCUCACCAAUGGAUAUCAGUGUGUAUGUGUUCUUGGGUGGACGGGAACACACUGUGAAUCAGAAAUUAUGGAAUGUGAAAGUAUUCCUUGUCAGAAUGGUGGUACCUGUAUUGAUCUGAUUGGAUCCUAUCAGUGUAGAUGCCCUGCAGGAUGGACUGGAAUCAACUGUGAAACAGAUAUUCUUGAAUGCUCUAGUGAUCCCUGUUUGAAUGGUGCAACCUGCGAGGAUCUGACUGAUGGUUAUGUGUGUGUCUGUGCACCAGGCUACAGUGGAAUUACAUGUCUGGAAGAAAUCGAUGAAUGUGAGAGCAGUCCCUGUGAAAAUGGUGCUACCUGCAAUGACCUAGUGAACGGCUUUGAGUGUAUCUGUACACCAGGAUGGAAUGGAACAUUCUGUGAGAUUGAGGUCAUCGAAUGUUCAAGUAAUCCAUGCCUAAAUGGUGCCAGUUGUGUUGAUCUCAUUGCGGAAUAUCAGUGUGUUUGCCAACCGGGAUGGAAUGGAACUCACUGUGAAAUAAAUAUAGAUGACUGCAUAGGCCAUAUGUGUGUCAAUGGUGCUACCUGCAUUGAUGAAGUAGAUGGAUACAGUUGCCAGUGUCCAGAAGGUUGGGUUGGUCAGUUCUGUGGUAUUGAGAUCUUAGAAUGUCUGAGCAACCCUUGUCUUAAUGGAGCAAACUGUAUAGAUCUGAUCCCAGGAUAUCAAUGUGAAUGCACUACUGGAUGGACAGGAACACACUGUGAAACUGAGAUCAUGGAAUGUUCUUCAGAUCCUUGUCUGAAUGGUGCUACCUGCACUGAUCUGAUUGGUGAAUAUGAAUGUCAGUGUGCCCCAGGCUGGAAUGGAACUAACUGUGAAAUAGAAAUCCUUGAGUGCGCCGGAGAUCCAUGCAUGAAUGGUGCAACCUGUGUUGACCUGAUUGCCAUGUAUGAAUGUAUCUGUGCUCCGGGUUGGAAUGGUACCAAUUGUGAGGUAGAUAUCCAGGAAUGUUCCAGCAAUCCAUGUCAAAAUAAUGCAACCUGCAUUGAUCUGAUAGGAUCAUUCAGCUGUCAGUGCCCUCUAGGAUUCACUGGUGUACUAUGCGAGGUUAACAUAGAGGAAUGUUCUAGCAAUCCUUGUUUGAAUGGAGCAGCCUGUGUUGAUCUGAUCGGAGGAUACAGAUGUGAAUGUGCUGUAGGCUGGGAGGGUAUCAACUGUGAAUUAGAAGAUGAAGAAUGCUCCAGUAAUCCUUGUCAGAAUGGAGCUACUUGUAUUGAUUUGAUUGGAGAAUAUGCAUGCCAGUGUGCUACAGGAUGGAAUGGAACCAACUGUGAUAUAGAAUCAGAUGAAUGUCUGAGCAAUCCUUGUCUGAAUGGGGCUACCUGCAUUGAUAUCUUCAACGGAUUCCAAUGCCGAUGCGCUCCUGGGUGGGAAGGAGAGCUGUGUGCAAUGGAAAUUGUUGAGUGUGAUAUCAUGCCCUGUCGAAAUGGUGGAACAUGUGUUGAUUUAUUUGCAAGUUUUCAGUGUAUCUGUCCCCCGGGUUGGCAAGGAGUGAUAUGUACAGAAGAUAUACAAGAGUGUUUGAGCGAUCCUUGUCAAAAUGGAGCAACUUGUAAUGAGAUGGAGAAUGGAUUUGAAUGUGUGUGUCCCUUAGGCUACACAGGAAUGCUUUGUGAAGAAGAAAUCAUUGAAUGCGCUGGCAAUCCUUGUAUGAAUGGUGCAACUUGCAUUGAUCUGGUAGCUGGAUAUGUCUGUCUUUGUAGUACUGGAUGGGAGGGUCUACAUUGUGAAAAUGACAUCUUAGAAUGUGCCAGUGACCCAUGUCAAAAUAAUUCAACUUGCAUCGACUUACUUGAUUCUUAUGAAUGCCAGUGUCCUCAAGGAUGGAAUGGAACACACUGUGAGAUAGACAUUGCAGAAUGUGCAAGCGAUCCUUGUCUAAAUGGUGCUACUUGUCUAGAAGACAUCAAUGGAUAUGACUGUCAAUGUCCUGAGGGAUUUACAGGAGUACACUGUGAAGAUGACAUUGAAGAAUGUUCCAGUAACCCCUGUCAAAAUAAUGGAACCUGUGUAGACCUCAUAGGUGCCUUUGAUUGUCUAUGUUCACCAGGUUGGACAGGUACCUUAUGUGAGGUUGAGAUUGAAGAGUGUGCAAGCAUGCCAUGUCAGAAUGGCGCAGUAUGCAUAGAUCUUAUUGCUGGUUAUGAUUGCCAGUGUUUACCAGGCUGGGAAGGAAUCAACUGUGAAUCUGAAAUUCUAGAAUGCGGCAGCGACCCUUGUCAAAACGGAGCUGAAUGCUUUGAUAUGGUCAACGCAUACCAAUGUAUCUGUGAAAAUGGUUUCAAUGGUACCAACUGUGAAGUUGACAUUGACGAAUGUGCCAGCACUCCAUGCCUAAAUGGUGCAACGUGUCUUGAAUCGAUUGAUUUCUAUGAAUGCCAGUGCCCAUCUGGAUGGAAUGGAACCAACUGUGAGCUUAAUAUCAAUGAUUGUGAUGGACAUAUGUGUGUCAAUGGUGCUAGCUGCAUUGAUGAAGUAGAUGGAUACAGUUGCCAGUGUCCAGAAGGUUGGGUUGGUCAGUUCUGUGGUAUUGAGAUCUUAGAAUGUCUGAGCAACCCUUGUCUUAAUGGAGCAAGCUGCAUAGAUCUGAUCCCAGGAUAUCAAUGUGAAUGCACUUCGGGAUGGACAGGAACCCACUGUGAAACUGAGAUCAUGGAAUGUUCUUCAGAUCCUUGUCUGAAUGGUGCAUCUUGCAAUGAUCUAAUUGGUGAAUACGAAUGUCAAUGUGCCCCAGGCUGGAAUGGAACUAACUGUGAAAUAGAGAUUCUUGAGUGUGCGGGAGACCCAUGCAUGAAUGGUGCUACUUGUGUAGACCUGAUUGCCAUGUAUGAAUGUAUCUGUGCUCCAGGAUGGAAUGGUACCAAUUGUGAGGUAGAUAUCCAGGAAUGUUCCAGCAAUCCAUGUCAAAAUAAUGCAACCUGCAUCGACCUGAUAGGAUCAUUCACCUGUCAGUGCCCUCUAGGAUUCACUGGUGUACUAUGCGAGGUUAACAUAGAGGAAUGUUCUAGCAAUCCUUGUUUGAAUGGAGCGACCUGUGUUGAUCUAAUCGGGGGAUACAGAUGUGAUUGUGCUAUAGGCUGGGAAGGUACCCGCUGUGAAUUAGAAGAUCAAGAAUGCUCAAGUGAUCCUUGUCAGAAUGGAGCUACUUGUAUUGACUUGAUUGGAGGAUAUGCAUGCGAUUGUGCAGCAGGCUGGAAUGGAACCAACUGCCAGUUAGAAUCAGAUGAAUGUCUGAGCAAUCCUUGUCUGAAUGGUGCUACCUGCAUCGAUAUCUUCAAUGGAUUCCAAUGCCAAUGUGCUCCUGGAUGGGAAGGGGAGCUUUGUGCAAUGGAAAUCUUGGAAUGUUCCUGCAACCCUUGUCAGAACGGUGCUACCUGUGUUGAUGGGUUAGCAAGUUUUGAAUGUAUUUGUGCUCCAGGAUGGCAAGGUGUGACCUGUACCCAAGAUAUCCUCGAGUGUGCAAGCAAUCCUUGUCAGAAUGGUGCAUCAUGCUCAGACCUGGAAAAUGCAUUUGAAUGUACAUGUCCUUUUGGCUACAGAGGAACCCGUUGUGAAGAAGAAAUCAUUGAAUGUGCUGGUACUCCAUGCAUGAAUGGUGCAACCUGCUUUGAUCUGGUAGCUGGAUAUGUAUGUCUUUGUAGUACUGGAUGGCAGGGUCUACAUUGUGAGAAUGACAUCUUAGAAUGUGCCAGCAACCCAUGUCAAAAUGAUGCAACCUGUAUUGACCUCCUGAAUUCUUAUGAAUGCCAGUGUCCUCCAGGAUGGAAUGGAACACACUGUGAGAUAGACUUUGCAGAAUGUGACAGUGACCCUUGUCUUAAUGGUGCUACUUGUCUGGAAGACAUCAAUGGCUAUGGCUGUCAAUGUCCUGAAGGAUUUACAGGAGUACACUGUGAAGAUGAGAUUGAAGAAUGUUCCAGUAACCCUUGUCAAAAUAAUGGAACCUGUGUAGACCUCAUAGGUGGCUUUGACUGUCUAUGUUCACCAGGUUGGAUAGGUACCCUAUGUGAGGUUGAGAUUGAAGAGUGUGCCAGCAUGCCAUGUCAGAAUGGCGCAGUCUGUGUAGACAAUGUUGGCAGUUAUGAAUGCCAGUGUUUACCAGGGUGGCAAGGAAUCAACUGUGAGUCAGAGGUCCUUGAAUGUAAGAGUAACCCUUGUCAAAACGGAGCUCAGUGUCUGGAGAUGGUCAAUGGAUACCAAUGUAUUUGUGACCCUGGCUUCAAUGGUCUAAAAUGUGAGAAUGAUAUAGAUGAAUGUGGCAGCAACCCAUGCCAAAAUGGUGCAACAUGCGUUGAAGUAUUUGAUUCAUAUGAAUGCCAAUGUUUACCUGGCUUUAAUGGAUCCAACUGUGAGAUUGAUAUUGAUGAUUGUGUUGACAAUCUGUGCAUCAAUGGUGCUACCUGCAUUGAUGAAGUAGAUGGAUACAGUUGCCAGUGUCCAGAAGGUUGGGUUGGACAGUUCUGUGGUAUUGAGAUCUUAGAAUGUCUGAGCAACCCUUGUCUUAAUGGAGCAAACUGUAUAGAUCUGAUCCCAGGAUAUCAAUGUGAAUGCACUACUGGAUGGACAGGAACACACUGUGAAACUGAGAUCAUAGAAUGUUCUUCAGAUCCUUGUCUGAAUGGUGCUACUUGCACUGAUCUAAUUGGUGAAUAUGAAUGUCAAUGUGCCCCAGGCUGGAAUGGAACUAACUGUGAAAUGGAAAUCCUUGAGUGUGCCGGAGAUCCAUGCAUGAAUGGUGCAACCUGUGUUGACCUGAUUGCCAUGUAUGAAUGUAUCUGUGCUCCGGGUUGGAAUGGUUCCAAUUGUGAGGUAGAUAUCCAGGAAUGUUCCAGCAAUCCAUGUCAAAAUGAUGCAACCUGCGUAGACCAGAUAGGAUCAUUCACCUGUCAGUGCCCUCUAGGAUUCACUGGUGUACUAUGUGAGGUCAACAUAGAGGAAUGUUCUAGCAAUCCUUGUUUGAAUGGAGCAACCUGUGUUGAUCUGAUUGGAGGAUACAGAUGUGAUUGUGCUGUAGGCUGGGAGGGUAUGCACUGUGAAUUAGAAGAUGAAGAAUGCUCCAGUGAUCCUUGUCAGAAUGGAGCUACUUGUAUUGAUUUGAUUGGAGGCUAUGCAUGCCAGUGUGCUACAGGAUGGGAUGGACUGAAUUGUGAACAAGACUUCAAUGAAUGUGUGAGUAAUCCUUGUCAAAAUGGAGCCACCUGUCUGGAUUUCUUCGAUGGUUACCUCUGCCAGUGUGCCCCUGGAUGGGAGGGAGAUGCAUGUCAGAUGGAAAUAUUGGAGUGCACACGUAAUCCCUGUCAAAAUGGUGCUACAUGUGUGGAUGGAUUGGCAAGUUUUGAAUGUAUUUGUGCCCCUGGAUGGCAAGGAAUCACAUGUGCUGAAGAUAUUGCUGAAUGUGCAAGUACUCCCUGCCAAAAUGGUGCUACAUGUUCUGACUUGGAGAAUGGAUUUCAGUGCGAUUGUGAUUUUGGAUACAAAGGAAGACUUUGUGAGGAAGAAAUCAUUGAAUGUGCUGGUACUCCAUGCAUGAAUGGUGCAACCUGCUUUGAUCUGGUAGCUGGAUAUGUAUGUCUUUGUAGUACUGGAUGGCAGGGUCUACAUUGUGAGAAUGACAUCUUAGAAUGUGCCAGCAACCCAUGUCAAAAUGAUGCAACCUGUAUUGACCUCCUGAAUUCUUAUGAAUGCCAGUGUCCUCCAGGAUGGAAUGGAACACACUGUGAGAUAGACAUCGCAGAAUGUGCAAGCGAUCCUUGUCUAAAUGGUGCUACUUGUCUGGAAGACAUUAAUGGAUAUGACUGUCAAUGUCCUGAGGGAUUUACAGGAGUGCACUGUGAAGAUGAGAUUGAAGAAUGUUCCAGUAACCCCUGUCAAAAUAAUGGAACCUGUGUAGACCUCAUAGGGGGCUUUGACUGUCUAUGUUCACCAGGUUGGACAGGUACCUUAUGUGAGAUUGAUAUUGAAGAGUGUGCGAGCAUGCCAUGUCAGAAUGGUGCAGUCUGCAUUGAUCUCAUUGGUAGUUACAAAUGCCAGUGUUUACCAGGCUGGGAAGGAGUCAACUGUGGAUCUGAAAUCCUGGAAUGCAGCAGCAACCCUUGUCAAAAUGGAGCUGAUUGUUUAGACAUGAUCAAUGCAUACCAGUGCAUUUGCACUCCAGGAUGGAAUGGCACUCACUGUGAGUUGGAGAUCAUGGAGUGUGCCAGCAGUCCUUGUCAAAAUGGAGCAACCUGCACAGACUUAAUCGAUUCUUAUAUUUGUGCUUGCCCGGAGGGUUUCAAUGGGACCAACUGUGAACUUGAACUUCUAGUGUGCAAUAGCAAUCCAUGCCAAAAUGAUGCUAUGUGCCUUGAACUUACUCUUGGAUAUCUCUGCAUAUGUGCCCCUGGAUGGACAGGGGAAAGUUGUGAAUUUGAAUUGACAGAUUGCAUGAAUGAUCCAUGCUUGAACAAUGCUACAUGUGUAGAUCUGAUGGGAGGGUAUUCUUGUAUCUGUGGUCCUGGAUGGAAUGGAACCAACUGUGAGACAAACAUAGAGGAAUGUAGCAGCAACCCUUGUCAGAACAAUGCUACCUGUGUAGAUGAUAUUGGAAGCUAUCAGUGUAUCUGCUCACCAGGAUGGACUGGGCCUACCUGUCAAAUAGAUAUUCAAGAAUGUUCAAGUGAUCCGUGCUUGAAUGGUGCUAACUGUACGGAGAUGCAAAAUGGCUACAGUUGCGUUUGUCCACCAAGAUUUGAAGGAGCGAAUUGUGAAAGCAGUAUCCUGGCAUGUUCCAGUGUUCCAUGCUUGAACAAUGCUAAUUGCAUGGACCUUGUGAAUGGUUACUUGUGUGUUUGUGCUGCUGGAUAUUUUGGUACAAACUGUGAGGAGGAAAUCGUGGAAUGUACCCCUAACCCUUGCCUAAAUGGAGCAAACUGCACAGAACGAGCUGACGGCUUUGAGUGCCUUUGCCAACCAGGAUUCAACGGCACAUUCUGUGAGAAUGAAAUUCAAGAAUGUUCAGGAAAUCCGUGUUUGAAUGGAGCAAACUGUAUGGACCUGAUUGAUGGUUAUCUCUGCAUAUGUGCGCCAGGAUUUACCGGAGAACAUUGCGAGACUGGAUUCCAACAAUGUGCCAGCAACCCAUGCCAAAAUGGAGCCAACUGUACAGAAGGUAUCAAUGGUUUCUUUUGUGAUUGCCCCUCAGGUUUCAAUGGCACUUUGUGUGAAAACGAAACAUUGGAGUGUUCCAGCAAUCCAUGUCAAAAUGAGGCCACCUGUUCAGAGCUAAUCAAUGGCUAUGAGUGUCUCUGUCGACCUGGUUUCAAUGGAAUCAACUGCGAGAAUAACAUACAAGAUUGUUCAGAGGAUCCUUGUCUAAAUGGUGCAAACUGUAUGGACUUGAUCAAUGGCUACAUUUGUAUCUGUGCACCAGGAUAUCGAGGGGAAAACUGUGAAAAUGAGAUUCAGGAAUGUGCCAGCAAUCCAUGUCAGAAUGGUGCCAACUGUACAGAAGAGAUCAACGGAUACAUAUGUAUCUGCCCAUCAGGUUUCAAUGGAAUUACCUGUGAGGAUGAAAUCAAUGAAUGUAGCAGUAAUCCGUGUACAAACGGGGCCAACUGUACUGACUUUAUAGAUGGGUAUGUUUGCAAUUGUCCGGUAGGAUUUACAGGGGUAAACUGUGAGGAAGAUAUUCUGGAAUGCUCAAGUAAUCCAUGUCAAAAUGGUGCUAAUUGUUCUGAACUUCUGAAUGGCUACGAUUGCCUCUGUGCUCCGGGAUACAAUGGAACAUUUUGUGAGACUGAAAUUCAAGAGUGUUCAGGUAACCCAUGUCUGAACGGUGCAAACUGUAUGGAUUUGAACAAUGGCUAUAUGUGUGUAUGUGCUCCCGGAUUCGAAGGAGAACACUGUGAGAUAGAGAUCACAGAAUGUGCUAGCAACCCUUGCCAGAAUGGAGCCAACUGUACGGAGGGAAUAAAUGGAUAUAUCUGUAUGUGUCCGCUGGGUUUCAAUGGCACUUUCUGUGAAGAAGAAAUCUUUGAGUGUCUCAGUAAUCCUUGCCAAAAUGAUGCCAACUGUACAGAGUUGAUCAACGGCUAUGAGUGUAUCUGUCGACCUGGUUUCAAUGGCAUUAACUGCGAGAGCAAUAUACAGGACUGUGCUGGGGAUCCGUGUCUAAAUGGUGCAAAUUGUAUGGACUUGAUCAAUGGCUACAUGUGCAUCUGUGCACCAGGCUAUGAGGGGGAUAAUUGUGAGAAUCAGAUCCAAGAGUGUGCUAGCAACCCUUGUCAAAAUGGAGCCAACUGUACUGAUGCCAUUAAUGGUUAUCUUUGUGAAUGUCCAUCAGGGUUUAAUGGAACAAACUGCGAGAUUGAACUUGAUGAGUGUAGCAGUGACCCAUGUAAAAAUGGAGCCAACUGUACAGACCUUGAUGAUGGAUAUAUUUGUGAUUGCUUAGCUGGAUUUACAGGUAUCAACUGUGAGGAAGAUAUUCUAGAAUGUUCCAGCAAUCCUUGCCAAAAUGCUGCCAACUGUACAGAGUUGGUCAACGGCUAUGAGUGUAUCUGUCGACCGGGUUUCAAUGGCGUUAACUGUGAGAGCAACAUACAGGACUGUGCUGGGGAUCCGUGUCUAAAUGGUGCAAACUGUAUGGACUUGAUCAAUGGCUACAUGUGCAUCUGUGCACCAGGCUAUGAAGGAGAACAUUGCGAGACUGAGACCCAGGAGUGUUCCAGCGAUCCAUGCCAAAAUGAGGCCAACUGUACAGAGUUGAUCAACGGCUAUGAGUGUAUCUGCCGACCUGGUUUCAAUGGUUUUAACUGUGAGAACAACAUACAGGAUUGUGCUGGAGAUCCAUGCCUAAAUGGUGCAAACUGUAUGGAUUUGGUCAAUGGCUAUAUCUGUGUAUGUCCUCCAGGAUAUGAAGGAGAUCACUGUGAGAUUGAUAUCCUUGAAUGUGCUAGCAACCCUUGCCAGAAUGGAGCCAACUGUACAGAAGAAAUAAAUGGAUAUACCUGUGUGUGUCCACCGGGUUUCAACGGUACACACUGCGGAGGAACCGCUUUAGGAGAAUGUGCUAGUCAUCCUUGCCAGAACAAUGCUACUUGUAUUGAUGGAUUAGAUGGCUUUCAGUGCAACUGUUCUUCUGGAUGGACUGGACCCACAUGUGACACAGAUGUUCUUGAAUGCAAUAGCAAUCCUUGUCUAAAUGGAGCAAUGUGUAUAGAGGGUAUUGAUUCGUAUGAAUGUAUCUGCCUUCUAGGAUUUAAUGGCACAUACUGUGAAACAAAUAUCAAAGAAUGUGCUGGUAACCCUUGUCUAAAUGGAGCGAAUUGCAUGGAUUUAAGCAAUGGGUAUAUGUGCAUCUGUGCACCAGGCUAUGAAGGAGAACAUUGUGACACUGAGACCCAGGAGUGUUUCAGCAAUCCUUGCCAAAAUGAGGCCAAUUGUACAGAGUUAAUCAACGGCUAUGAGUGUAUCUGUCAACCUGGUUUCAAUGGCGCUAACUGUGAGAACAACAUACAAGAUUGUUCAGAGGAUCCUUGUCAAAAUGGUGCAAACUGUAUGGACUUGAUCAAUGGCUACAUUUGCAUCUGUGCACCAGGAUAUGAAGGAGAACAUUGCGAAACUGAUGUUCAAGAAUGCACAAGCAGCCCAUGUCAGAAUGGGGCCAACUGUACUGAUGCCAUUAAUGGUUACCUUUGUGAAUGUCCAUCAGGGUUUAAUGGUACAAACUGCGAGGUCGAACUUGAUGAGUGUAGCAGUGACCCAUGUAAAAAUGGAGCCAACUGUACAGACUUUGUUGAUGGAUACAUUUGUGACUGCUUAGCCGGCUUUACAGGUAUCAACUGUGAGGAAGAUAUUCUAGAAUGUUCCAGCAAUCCUUGCCAGAAUGGGGCUAAUUGUACAGAUCGUAUCAAUGAAUAUGAAUGUACAUGCCAACCUGGAUAUAAUGGAACUCAUUGUGAGACAGAUAUAAUGGAAUGUGCUGGCAAUCCUUGUCAAAAUGGUGCUAAUUGUUUAGACCUUGUCAAUGGUUUCUUGUGUGUCUGUGCUUCUGGAUUUACAGGAACUUUCUGCGAGGUUGAUAUUUCCGAGUGCUUAAGUAUUCCUUGUCAAAAUGGUGCAAAUUGCACAGAUCUUGUCAAUGGUUUUGAAUGUCGGUGUCUGUCUGGAUAUAAUGGAACAUUAUGUGAAGAAGAGAUUCUGGAAUGCCUCAGCAGCCCUUGCCAGAAUGGGGCUAGUUGCAUUGAUUUAAUUGAUUCCUACUCCUGUGAGUGCUCACCAGGUUACAAUGGUACAAACUGUGAGUUAGAAAUCAAUGAGUGUUCCAGUAGUCCCUGCCAGAAUGGGGCUAACUGUACAGACCAGGUAAAUGGAUAUUCCUGCCAAUGUGUAGCUGGUUGGGAUGGAGUUGAUUGUGAAAUGGAAGUUGAGGAGUGUUCCAGUGGACCUUGCCAGAACAACGCUACCUGUUUGGAUCUGAUUAAUGGAUUUGAAUGCCAGUGUGACCUUGGAUGGGAAGGACUGCUGUGUGAGCAAGAAAUUCUUGAGUGUGAUAGCAAUCCUUGUCUGAAUGGUGCUACCUGUCAGGACUUGAUUGGUUCUUAUCAGUGUAUCUGCCCAAUGGGAUUCUCUGGUGUAAACUGUGAAAUAGACAUUGAUGAAUGCAUGAACCAUACCUGUAUGAAUGGAGCAACGUGUGUGGAUGAAAUCAAUGGGUUCAGCUGUUCAUGCCCAGCAGGAUGGACUGGAGAAUUCUGUGAAACAGACAUCAUGGAAUGUUCUAGCAAUCCCUGUCAGAACGGAGGAAGCUGUAUUGAUCUGAGUGGUUCUUAUCAAUGCCAGUGUGCACCAGGGUGGACUGGUAUUAACUGUGAUACCGAUAUUCCAGAAUGUGCUAGUAACCCGUGUAUCAAUGGUGCAACCUGUCAAGAUCUAAUCAACAGCUUUGAGUGUAUUUGUGCACCAGGAUGGAAUGGAACCAAUUGUGCAACCGAAAUCCUAGAAUGCAGUGGUAACCCAUGUAUGAACAAUGCCACCUGUAUUGAACUCAUUGCUGGCUAUCAGUGUACCUGUGAUGAAGGAUGGACUGGGGUUCAUUGUGAAUUUGAUAUUACCGAGUGUGCAAGCAAUCCUUGUCAGAAUGGUGCAACCUGUUUGGAUCUCACCAAUGAGUAUCAAUGCCAAUGCGCACCGGGAUGGACUGGAGUUAAUUGUGAAUCAGAUAUAUUGGAGUGUUCCAGUGAUCCUUGUCAGAAUGGAGCUACCUGUGUGGAGGGAUUGGAUGGCUAUGAAUGCACUUGUCCUCCAGGAUUUGAAGGGGCCAAUUGUGAAACUGAUAUUGAUGAUUGUGUAAUGAACGGUUGUCAAAACAAUGCUACCUGCGUUGACCAGUUAGAAGGCUAUGUCUGCAUUUGCUCUUUGGGCUGGACUGGACCAAACUGCUCAAUUGACAUUCUUGAGUGUGGUAGCAAUCCUUGUCUGAAUGGUGCUACCUGUCAGGACUUGGUUGGUUCUUAUCAGUGUAUCUGCCCAAUGGGAUUCUCUGGUGUAAACUGCGAAAUGGAGCUAACACCUUGUUCAAGCUCACCAUGUGAGAAUGAUGGAGUUUGCUUCCAGAGUCCUGUUACAGGAGAUUACUUCUGCGUCUGUAUGGCAGGAUGGACUGGUGUCAAUUGUGAGACUCCAAUUGAUCUAUGCACCCCAGAUCCCUGUGCAAAUGGAGCCACCUGUAACAAUUUCCAGACAUCUUAUUCCUGUACAUGCCCACCAGGAUACUCUGGAAUGGACUGUGAGAUUGACAUUGAUGAAUGCAUGAACCAUACCUGUAUGAAUGGAGCAACGUGUGUGGAUGAAAUCAAUGGAUUCAGCUGCUCAUGCCCAACAGGAUGGACUGGAGAACUGUGUGAAACAGACAUCAUGGAAUGUUCUAGCAAUCCCUGUCAGAACGGAGGAAGCUGUAUUGAUCUGAUUGGUUCUUAUCAAUGCCAGUGUGCCCCAGGAUGGACUGGUACCAACUGUGAUACUGAAAUUUUGGAAUGUGCCAGCAUGCCAUGUUUGAAUGGAGCAAACUGUACCGAGCUGAUCAAUGGCUACAGCUGUGAAUGUCCACCCGGCUGGAAUGGAACCAAUUGUGAAAUUGAAAUCCUUGAAUGCUCAAGCAACCCUUGUGACAACAAUGCAACCUGUGUAGAGCUCAUCAAUGGAUAUGAGUGCAUGUGCCCCCUUGGAUGGAAUGGAACUCAUUGCGAAAUAGAAAUCAAUGAAUGUGAUAGCAAUCCUUGCCAGAAUGGAGGAACUUGUGGAGAUUUCCUUGGUUUCUAUCUCUGUGAAUGUGCUCCGGGAUAUAAUGGAACAAACUGUGAAAUUGAUAUUCCAGAAUGUGCUAGUGACCCUUGUCUCAAUAAUGCAACCUGCCAAGAUCUAGUCAACAGCUAUGAAUGUAUAUGUGCUCCAGGAUGGAAUGGAACAAAUUGUGAAACUGAAAUCCUAGAAUGCAGUGGUAACCCAUGUAUGAACAAUGCAACCUGUAUUGAACUCAUCGCUGGCUAUCAAUGUGCCUGUGAUGAAGGAUGGACUGGUGUUCAUUGCGAAUUUGAUAUUCCUGAGUGUGCAAGCAAUCCUUGUCAGAAUAAUGCAACAUGUUUGGAUCUCACCAAUGAGUAUCAAUGCCAAUGUGCACCGGGAUGGACUGGAAUUAAUUGUGAAUCAGAUAUAUUGGAGUGUUCCAGCAAUCCUUGUCAGAAUGGAGCUACCUGUGUGGAGGGACUGGAUGGCUAUGAAUGCACCUGUCCACCAGGAUUUGAAGGGGCCCAUUGUGAAAUGGAUAUUGAUGAAUGUGAGUCUAAUCCAUGUCAGAACAACGCUACUUGCAUUGAUCAAGUAGCAGGCUAUAUCUGUAGCUGCCCUCCAGGUUGGACUGGAACCGACUGCUCAGACGAGGUACUUGAAUGUUUGAGUGUCCCUUGUCAGAAUGGAGGUACCUGUGAAGAUCUCAUCAAUGGAUAUCAGUGUGUAUGUGCUAGUGGAUGGACUGGUAUAAACUGUGAAACAGAACUUAUCGAGUGUGCCAGCAUGCCAUGUCAGAAUAAUGGUACCUGUGUUGAAAUGAUCAACAGUUACAUGUGCCUCUGUGCACCUGGAUGGGAAGGAGAUAAUUGUGACAUAGCCACCAAUUUAUGUGAACCAAAUCCUUGUCAGAAUGGUGCUACCUGUAUGAACUUCCAGACCUCAUAUAACUGCACCUGUCCGAUGGGCUUUAUUGGUGAUAACUGUGAAGUGUAUUCUGGUUGUGAUAGUGACCCAUGUCAGAAUGGAGCUAACUGCACACAAGACAAUACUACGUACACAUGCCAAUGUCCGGAUGGAUAUGAAGGGACAAACUGUGAAACAGAAAUCGACCUGUGUGUUUCCGAUCCCUGUCAGAAUGGAGCUACUUGUAAUAACUUCAGGACUUCAUAUACCUGUACUUGCCCUGAAGGAUAUGGAGGUGUAAACUGUGAAAUUUAUGCUGGAUGUAGCAGUAAUCCUUGUCAGAAUGGUGGUACAUGUCUCCAAGCAAACAAUUUCUACAUCUGCCAGUGUGCGCCAGGCUACCACGGAAUGAACUGUGAACAAGAGGUGAAUCUAUGUGAUCCUAACCCAUGUGAGAACAUGGCUGUGUGCACCAACUUCAGGAUCUCAUAUACAUGUGACUGUCAACCUGGAUUCAUUGGGGUCAACUGCCAAGAUUACAUUGGUUGUGACAGUGAUCCUUGUCAGAAUGGAGCUACCUGUGUGGAAACAAACAUUACCUACACAUGCACCUGUCCUGCCGGGUACACUGGUAUUAUGUGUGAAACAGAAAUCGACCUGUGUGUCUCUGACCCCUGUGAGAAUGGAGCUACUUGUAACAAUUUUGGGACUUCAUAUACCUGUACAUGCCCUGAAGGAUAUGGAGGUGUAAACUGUGAAAUUUAUGAAGGCUGUAGCAGCAACCCUUGCAUGAAUGGAGCUGGUUGUUUUCAAUAUUCUCAUAACUUUACAUGCAUUUGUCUACCUGGAUACCAGGGUAGGCUUUGUGAAGAAGAAAUCAACCUGUGUGACCCUGAUCCUUGUCAAAAUGGAGCAACUUGUUCUAACUUCAGGAUAUCAUAUAACUGUACCUGUCCUGAGGGAUAUACUGGUACCAACUGUGAAGUUUAUGAUGGGUGUGGUAGCAAUCCAUGCCAGAAUGAUGCAACCUGCAUGCAGCUUAAUGACACCUACCAGUGUAUCUGUGCUGAUGGUUUUGAUGGCGAGUUCUGCGAGAAUUUUACUGCCUGUCUCAGUUCCCCUUGUAUGAAUGGUGCUUCAUGUGCUCAGCUUUCUAAUAACACCUACAAAUGCAUAUGUGCACCAGGCUACACAGGGGGCAUGUGUCAGAAUGAAAUCAACCUUUGCGAUCCUGAUCCUUGUCAGAAUGGAGCCAACUGCUCUAACUUCAGAACCUCCUAUAAUUGUUCCUGCCCUGAAGGAUAUUCUGGUAUCAACUGUGAAGUUUAUUCCGCAUGUGAUAGCGAUCCCUGUCUGAAUGGCGCAACCUGCAAUCAACAGAAUGAUACAUAUUUCUGCUCAUGUCCGAUGGGAUACGCAGGAACAAUGUGUGAAACUGAACUUGAUGGUUGUGAUCCAAGCCCCUGUGAGAAUGGAGCUAGUUGUACCAAUGUCUUAGGAGAUUAUAAUUGUACAUGUGCACCAGGAUGGAAGGGAGUCAACUGUACUGAAGAGUUCAAUGCUUGCGGUAGUGAUCCCUGUCAAAAUGGAGCUAAUUGUACAAACAUCCUCAGCUCAUACAACUGCUCCUGUCCUCCAGGUUAUGAAGGCAUGGAUUGCGAAAUCGAAAUCAACCUGUGUGAUCCUGACCCAUGUUUGAAUGGAGCAAACUGUACCAACUUCAGGACAUCAUUUGACUGCGCUUGUCCUACUGGCUACCAGGGACAGACAUGUGAAGUGUAUGCUGGUUGUGCAAGCAAUCCUUGUCAGAAUGGAGCUUCAUGCAUGGAAGGGAAUGAUUCCUACACAUGUGUGUGUGUACCAGGAUAUGAAGGAGUUCUCUGUGAAAAUGAAACUGACCUCUGUGAAUCAGAUCCCUGUUUGAAUGGAGCCACUUGCACAAACUUCCAGACCUCAUACAACUGCUCUUGUCCUCCGGCAUUCACAGGGGACAAUUGUGAAGUGUAUAAUGGAUGUUCUAGUAAUCCAUGUCAAAACGGAGCUAACUGUUCAGAGAAUAUAGACAAUACUUUUACAUGUACUUGUCCACCUGGCUAUGAAGGAGAGUUCUGUGAACAAGAAAUUGACCUGUGUGAAUCGGAUCCCUGCCAGAAUGGAGCUACUUGUUCUAACUUCAGAACUUCAUAUAACUGCACCUGUCCUGAGGGAUAUAGUGGUACCAACUGUGAAGUAUAUUCUGGCUGUGAUAGUAACCCAUGUCAGAAUGAAGGUACAUGUAUCCAAGCCAACGAUUUCUACAUCUGCCAGUGUGCACCAGGAUAUAGGGGAACCAACUGUGAAGAAGAGGUAAAUCUAUGUGAUCCUAACCCAUGUGAGAACAUGGCCACAUGUACUAACUUCAGGAUUUCAUACACAUGCGAAUGUCUACCUGGAUUCACUGGGGUCAACUGUCAAGAUUAUAUUGGUUGUGUGAGCAACCCUUGCCAGAAUGGUGCUACCUGUGCCGAGUUCAACAAUACCUACAUGUGUGCAUGCCCUGCCGGAUUCACUGGUUCAAUGUGUGAGAUAGCAAUCAAUCUGUGUGACCCUGAUCCUUGUCAGAAUGGAGCUACAUGUACAAACUUCCAGACUUCUUACACCUGUGAUUGCCCUACUGGUUUCACAGGAACAAAUUGUGAAGUGUAUUCUGGAUGUGACAGUGACCCUUGCCAGAAUGGAGCAACCUGUCAGCAAGGCAAUGAUUCAUACACCUGUGUCUGUUCACCGGGAUACCAAGGUGUACUGUGUGAAGAGGAAAUAAACCUAUGUGAUCCUGACCCAUGUUUGAAUGGUGCCACAUGCUCAAACUUCAGGACAUCUUAUAACUGUACAUGUGCCAUGGGCUUUGUAGGUGAAAACUGUCAAGAUUAUGCUGGUUGUGAUAGUGACCCUUGUCAGAAUGGAGCAACCUGUACAAACUCCAACUCCUCUUACACAUGUGUUUGCCCAGAGGGAUUCUCUGGAGUAUUGUGUGAAGACUAUGUAGGCUGUGACAGCAACCCUUGCAUGAAUGGGGGAAUGUGUAUCCAACAAACCAACAAUACUUAUACGUGUGACUGUCCUCCAGGUUAUCAAGGAAUCCUCUGUGAAACAGAAAUCAACCUUUGUGACCCGGAUCCAUGUCAGAAUGGAGCAAACUGUACCAACUUCAGGACGUCAUACACCUGCGAUUGCCCUAUGGGCUUCACUGGUAUGAACUGUGAAACCUACUCUGGAUGUUCAAGUGACCCUUGUCAGAAUGGAGCAACUUGUACCCAGAAUCUAGACAACACAUACACAUGUACAUGCCCUCAAGGAUUUGUGGGGGAUUUCUGUGAAACUGAACUUGAUGGUUGUGAUCCAAGCCCCUGUGAGAAUGGAGCUAGUUGUACCAAUGUCUUAGGAGAUUAUAACUGUACAUGUGCACCAGGAUGGAAGGGAGUCAACUGCACUGAAGAGUUCAAUGCUUGUGGUAGUGAUCCUUGCCAGAAUGGAGCUAACUGUACAAACAUCGUCAACUCCUACAACUGCUCCUGUCCUCCAGGAUACUUUGGAAUGGACUGUGAAAAUGCACAAAAUGCAUGUGAUGAUAAUGGUUGUCUUAAUGGUGCUACCUGCAAUGAUUUCAUCACAUUCUACACCUGUACAUGCCCAGUUGAGUUUACAGGGGACAACUGCGAGACAGAACUUGAUGAGUGUGACCCAGACCCUUGUCAGAAUGGAGCAACAUGUAACAACUUCUAUACCUCUUACAACUGUACCUGUCCUCCUGGAUAUGAUGGCCCAAACUGUGAGAUUGAUAUUGAUGCUUGUGAUCCUGACAUGUGUAUGAAUGGAGCAACCUGUGUCAAUAACAUCACCAAUUACACAUGUAUCUGUGCUCCAGGAUGGACCGGAAUCAACUGUGAAACAAGAUUGCUUGCAUGCGAAUCUGAUCCUUGUCUGAAUGGAGCCAGCUGCAAUGAGUUCAACUCAUUCUACAAUUGUACCUGCCCACCAGGAUAUGCAGGCUUCAACUGUGAAAUAGAGCUGAACCCAUGUGACUCUAAUCCCUGUGAGAAUGGUGCUACAUGCAACAACAUGAUAACCAAUUACACUUGUGAUUGUCCGGUUGGUUAUGAAGGAGUGCAUUGUGAAUCGGUUACAGACAAUUGUCUGAGUGAUCCAUGCCAGAAUGGCGCCACCUGUAUGAAUAUGAUUGGAUCAUUUACCUGUAUUUGUGAGCCAGGUUAUGAAGGCAUGCUUUGUGACAUGGAGCAAGAUGUUUGUGAGUCAGACCCUUGCCAGAAUGGCGCAACAUGCAACAACUUCAGGACUUCAUAUAAUUGCACUUGUCCAGAUGGGUAUGAAGGAACAGAUUGUGAAACAGAUAUCAAUGAAUGUGAUAGUAGCCCUUGCCUAAAUGGAGGUACCUGUAUGGAUGAAGUCAAUGGUUAUAUGUGUACUUGUGUAGCAGGCUAUACAGGACCUAAUUGCGAGACUGAUAUUGAUGACUGUGCUAAUGAUCCUUGUCUGAAUGGAGCUACAUGUAUUGACAUGGUUAAUGGCUUUAUGUGUAUGUGUGUACCAGGCUAUGAAGGCACAUUCUGUGAAGCAGAUAUCAAUGAGUGUGCAUCAAAUCCUUGUGAAAAUGGUGCCACUUGUCAGAAUCGUAUCAAUGAAUUCUUUUGCGUGUGUCCCAACGGAUUCACUGGACUGAGAUGUGAAGAAGCAAACGACUGCAUCCAAACAGUCACCAUCUCAGAGAAUGGCCAGUACAACAUACUCUCCCCUAACUACCCUAAUGAAUAUGAAACCCGACGCUUCUGUCGCUGGCUGAUCUCUAUCCCCGGGAACCGUCGGUUGCGUCUCAUCUUCAUGGACUUCAGUACCCGCGAGGGAUUGGAUUUUGUGGAGGCGGGUAACGGACUGGACCCCAACGACCGGGACUCGGUGGUGGUCAGAGCUUCAGGGAGCACCAUCCCGUCCAACUUUGAUACCACAUCAAAUAGUCUUUGGGUUGUCUUUACAUCGGGAGAUGAGACUGGGGACUUCACUGCUAGGGGAUUCUCUAUAAUGGUCAUGGAUCAAGCGCUGGCAUAUAACUGUGAUGGUUUCCCUUGUCUUCAUGGUUCCGACUGUAUCCAGACUGGUAAUGGUAUCAAUGACUUCAUGUGCUACUGCGUGGCUGGAUGGUAUGGCACCCUUUGUGAGAAUGAGGUCCCUGUUGGUGCCAAUCCAUGUGAUUAUGAUCAGUGUGAGAAUGGCGCCACCUGUGAGGCCAGUGGAACCAGUUAUAUUUGUAACUGUGCACCGGGAUUCCAAGGAAGAUACUGCGAAGAAGCCAUGCCUGAUCCUUGUAUUACUGCACCUUGUCAGAAUGGAGCUCAGUGUGUCAGCCAAGGGAACCAAUACACCUGCCAGUGCAACCCAGGCUACACAGGAACAUACUGUGAAAUAAAUAUCCAAGAGUGUGACAGCAAUCCUUGUCUAAAUGAAGGUCAAUGUAUUGAUGACAUCAAUGGAUACAUCUGUGUCUGUGUCAAUGGAUUCACCGGUGUCCACUGCCAAAUUGCUCCACCCGACCCCUGUGCUGAUCAUCUUUGUUUCAAUGGAGCUACCUGUGUUGCCAAUGGUUUCACCUCAUACAGCUGUAUGUGUGGAGAUGGUUUCGUUGGAGAACUCUGCCAAUAUGGGAGUGCCUGUUCUAGUGAUCCUUGUCUCAAUGGUGCGUCUUGUGUGGAUGUAAGCAACUUUGAAUAUGACUGCUUCUGCCCACCUGGCUUUACGGGAACCAGAUGUGAAGAAGCAAUCGAGGUAGAUCCUUGUGAUGCCAGACCCUGUAAGUUUGGAACUUGUCUGAACAUCGGGGAAGGAGAUUAUCGUUGCCAAUGCAACCCAGGAUGGACUGGCACAAACUGCAAUUUGGAUGUUAAUGAGUGUUCGGAGAGCCCGUGUAGGAAUGGGGGAUCCUGCUUCAACACCCUAGGUAGUUACAGAUGUUACUGUACCGAUGGGUACUCCGGCACAAACUGCGAUAGAGCUUUUGGAAAGGUGAUCGCUUCAAAAGAUUGCGAUGAAGCGCCUUCAAGUUCUCGGAAUUUAAAUCCUGCUGAUACAGCCCCCCAGACCAGUGACAAUACAUCAGGGCUAUUAAUUGAACCAUGGUGGAUCGCCGUCAUCUGCGUUCUCUUCGUUCUCAUCCUAGUAUUUAUUGUUGUUCUGGGCUGUCUAUGCACGAGACCACGUGAGAAGUCUUUCGCGUGAGACCAGCUUGCCGGAGCCGGUUACCAAAGACACGCUAUAGCAUUGGAAUAAAUAUGUAGUUGACGAUGGAAAUUGACAUAAAGCAAUGCUGGUAAAUAGACGCCCUUGUGAUUUAUGAAACUUGAAUGUUACAUUGCAUGUGAUAUAUCAAAGUAUUCAAUACUUUCAGAAAAAUCUAACAAAGAUCUAUUUAUAAGCACUGAGAGAAUAAAUCAAUGCAAAUGCAAAAUUGACAUACAGUAUAUUUAUAUAUAUUUGUAUAUGUGCACAUAUAUUAUCUAUGUUGACAUUUUGAUGUCAGAUCUAUAAUUUUACAUUCAUGAUUUAAAGGCUGCUCAUAUUUUCUUUAUUGAUUUCUUUCAGGACCAUAGUUUUUAAACUCAACUCAGACAUGAUUUUAGUAUGAGCUGCAUAAUAUAUCUAUUUUAUAUGAAUGGAUUCUUUGGAAUGCAUUUUUCCAUAUAUUUUAGCUGCUUUUGAACUAUCAUACUAUGUUUGAUCAUAUUCUUGUAGUAGUUUUUGUUCGAUAUAUUGUUAAUAUUUAUUUAUCGCCAUAUGUUGUACAUUUGUUUUAUCUUUUCUUUUCUGAAUUAUUUAUCUAUUUUAAAUAUUAUGGAAUUCAAAAGUUAUAUUUUAUGUUAUUCAUUACUCUUUUUCUCACUUUUGUAUCGGUAAUCCAAUUGUUUUAUCUGUAUCUUUGUUUUAGGACUGACUUUGGAAAAGAAAAUGUAUUUAUAAUUUAUUGUCUUCUUACUUGAAUAGUGUAUUUUUUAGACUAAAGUUUAUUAUUUCUGAUACUGGGGAUGAUACAAUUUUCAUAUAUGGAUUCUACUUCCAUUUACUCAGUAUUAGCUCAAAGGGGGGCUAUUUUUAUAUAUACAUGUAUAUGUCUGGAAUCAUUGCAUGGAAAGGUUUGUAAAAAGUUUCACCUAUAUUGAAGCUGUAAAUAUUCAACUCAGUAUUUGUAUUGAAUUCAAUGCAUUUAAUUUCAUUUAUUUACAUUAUUAAUUGAAAGAUGAAUAACUGAUCUGCUAACAUUUAAUAAUUUAUUUAAUCCCCACGAAAUUUUACUAUCAAAUAACUGGCUUUAUACAGUGCCAUUCAUUGAUUCUUUUCAAUUGAUAUUGGGAUAUAAUAUGUAGUUGUCCUAAAUGCAGUACUUAGUUUAUUGCUUCUGUUUGUCCUUCCAAUUUCAGACCUGGGCAAGGUGACAUGAAGCUUAGUGAUUGUUCGUUAGUGGGCUGAAUUCUUGUGACUGAUCAUACACAGUAACCUUAUUCAAUCAAUUGUAGAAAUCAACCCCACAAUCAGUCACUGAGAUGUAUGAAACGGGGUCUGCGUACUGUUUCAUUGAUAAGUUUUUAGUCUCUAAAAAGUUACUACAAUAUGAGUCAGAAAUCGACAGCUUCCCUGGUAAUCAAAACAUAGGAUUUCAUUGACUUUGUUGAAGCCAAUAAAAAUCAGUACUGAUUGUUGUUGACUUGAACGACCUGAUAUGUAUUUUAUUCAGUUAUACUUGUAAUAAAUUGAUUAGAAAAGUUGUAGACAAUUUAAUGAGCUUAGGGAAUGUUAGAUAUUUGUAAGGAAUUCCUCAAUUUUAUAUUGUACAUUAAGACUGCUAUUGGUGCUACGAUUUGCCUUGCAUAGCAACACAACAGUUUUUCUCUACUUCCCAUGAUAGUUUUAGGUAUGGUAUAUAUAUCGAUCUAAUAGCUAUGCAUUGCAAACAUUUAUGGUGUUAAUGCACGAAAUAUAGUGAAUUCAUUUAACAAUUAUAUUUUUCUUUUAUACUAUCAUGUGAAAUAAUUAUUUUGUACAUUGUAUUUUUUGUUUUGAUAUUUUUAUACACGUAUGCAUAUUUAAUAAAAUGGUACAAAACCUAUUGGCUAAAU